ACUUCACUUGGGACUUUGGCCUUUGGGAGUAAGGCGGGAAGCAGUUUCAUCCCUAACCUCUAGCCAAAAAGCCUUUUCUUUUCUCUCUGCAUUUUAAUCUUUUUCUCUCUCUCUUAGCUACUGUAAUGGGUAUAAAGGGUUUAACGAAACUGUUGGCGGACAAUGCCCCAAAGGCCAUGAAAGAGCAGAAAUUCGAGAGCUAUUUUGGCCGAAAGAUUGCCAUUGAUGCUAGCAUGAGCAUCUACCAGUUUCUUAUUGUUGUGGGAAGAAGUGGGACUGAGAUGCUCACUAAUGAAGCUGGUGAAGUUACUAGCCCACAACAAGGCAUGUUUUACAGGACCAUUAGGCUUCUGGAAGCUGGAAUUAAGCCACUCUAUGUUUUUGACGGGAAGCCUCCAGAUUUGAAGAAACAAGAGCUGGCAAAACGUUACUCAAAGAGAGCAGAUGCUACUGAAGAUUUGGCAGCAGCAGUGGAGGUUGGAAAUAAGGAAGACAUUGAGAAGUAUAGUAAACGGACGGUAAAGGUGACAAAGCAGCACAAUGACGACUGCAAAAGACUUCUAAGGCUCAUGGGUGUGCCUGUAAUUGAGGCUCCCUCAGAAGCAGAAGCACAGUGCGCUGCACUUUGCAAAUCAGGAAAGGUUUAUGCUGUGGCCUCUGAAGACAUGGAUUCCCUAACAUUUGGAGCUCCUAGGUUUCUUCGGCAUUUAAUGGAUCCUAGCUCAAGAAAAAUCCCAGUCAUGGAAUUCGAAGUUGCCAAGGUUUUGGAGGAGCUAAAUCUAACUAUGGAUCAAUUCAUUGACUUGUGCAUUCUUUCUGGCUGCGAUUAUUGUGACAGUAUCCGAGGGAUUGGAGGACAGACAGCUUUGAAGCUCAUCCGUCAACAUGGCUCCAUAGAGAAUAUACUGGAGAACAUAAACAAAGAGAGGUACCAAAUACCAGAGGAUUGGCCAUAUCAAGAGGCUCGGAGGCUUUUUAAGGAACCAGUUGCUUUAAGUGAUGAAGAGCAACUUGAGAUUAAAUGGAGUGCUCCAGAUGAAGAAGGACUGAUUUCCUUUCUGGUGAAUGAAAAUGGAUUCAACAGUGACAGAGUGACAAAGGCAAUAGAAAAAAUUAAAGCAGCCAAGAACAAGUCGUCACAGGGCAGACUAGAAUCCUUUUUCAAACCAACUGCUAAUCCAUCUGUACCCAUUAAACGGAAGGAAACACCACAGAACACUGCCAAAGAACCUGCUAACAAAAAGCCAAAAGCUGGUGGUGGUAGAAAGAAGAAAUAGUCAGAUUUGCAUUAUAACUUCAAACCAGAUGAGUUGAGCGAAUUGCAUUUUGAUCAGUUGAACUGACUCACGACGGAUUAGCACAGUUCCGGUUUCUUAUGUUAGGAUUGCAAGAUUUUAGGUUGAUUUCUGGAGCAUGUUUGAUGUGAAAUUUUGGGCAUAUGCUUCUAUUCAAACUACUUACUGUUUAAAUUCAAUUUUCAAAUGAAAGGAAUAUGUUUGCCUCA